AUGGCACUUUGUUUAUUUAAGUGCUUCUCUGCUUGCGGAUGCAGGGAAUCUAUUAUUAGCAAAUUUGCAUUUUAUCCUCAGAAACCUGGCUACAGGUUCUAAGAGGUUGACAUCAUUUAAUCAUAAUCAUCUACUCAAACUAAACAUAAUAUAGAGAAGAGAUUUGUUAAGGACAGAAUUGAGGAGUUUGCUGAUCAUUCGCAUAAUAUUCCUAGAUUUUAUCAUUUACCGUCUGACGAUGGGAAGCAUUAUGAAUUGAUUUUAGUUUAUGAAGAGCAUGAAGUUCUUUUGAAUGAUUAGAGCUCUCUUAGCGUAUUUUAGAAUUAAUAUUAAAAUGAUAGCGAUAAAAGCUAGAAAAAUGAGUAAGACUAAAGUAAAACGGGGUUAACUCUUGUGAAUCAGAAGAAGGAAGUUAUUCAUGGAAAGCAGUAUCAAUUAGAAAUAAAGGAAGUAUUUGGUGAGAAUGAGUAGAAACAAAAGUCUGCAUCUUCUGCUGCUGUAAAAGCUGCAAUCAAAGGGAGUGAUAGUGAGGAAUAAAAGGAAGAGAGUAAAAGUAAUAUGAAAAAUCCAAAAAUUAAAGAUAAAGAAAAAAAAAUAAAUAAAUUCGAUAAAAAGGAAGAACCUUUCCGGUAAGUCGAUGAUCUUUAUUUAAUAUGCUUUAAAAAGAAAAACAGAGAGAACAAUCUCGUGUGUGGAUAUCAUAUUGAGAAUUUAAAGCACAGAAGUGAAAUAGUCGUUAUAUAUUCUCAUGGAAAUUCUACUGACAUAGGCUACAUGAUCAACCAAGCACUUGAUGUUUCUUAUAAUCUUAGGGUCAAUGUAAUUGCUUAUGAUUAUUCUGGAUAUGGAAAGUCUUAAGGAAAGCCUAGUGAAAAGUCUUUCAUUUACGAUCUUGAGGCUAUUUAUAAAUAUGCUUUACAAAUUGGAUACAAAUCAAUUAAUAUUGUUUUUUAUGGGCAGAGCGUUGGUAGUGGGCCAAGCACUUUCCUUGCAUCUCAAAAGAAGUUUCCUAUUGGUGGUCUAAUUAUUCACAGUGGUUUCACAAGUGGUUUGAGAAUAACUCAGCAGCAGGAAUAAAAAAUGCAAAAAACAUAUUCUAAAGACUUCUUUCCAAAUAUUGAGUUCAUUAGAAAAGUGAAUGCACCUAUUUUUAUCAUUCACGGGACUAAUGAUCAAGAUAUCAAAAUUCACCAUGCGAGCGAGUUGUAUGAGAGAGCUAAGAAAAACUACACUCCCUUUUUCUUGGAAGUAAAAGGAGCUGGUCAUAAUGAUAUUGAACAUGAGGAUAAAUUUAGAAAAGACUACUUUAAAGAACUGAGAAGAUUUAUGGGGCACUUGAGACAAAAUAGAAAUCAAGUUAUUUAAGAAUUCAUACAAAAACAGAAUAUCUUAAAGCAGAAGAGAAACUCUUCAAUUCAAGUAGAAUUAAAAGAUAUACAAGGAUUUGCUGGAGAUGGCUAAAGUGAGAGUUUCAAUCAUAUUUAUUAUCAAUAUUUUACUCCUAUAAACUCUGUAAUAGAGCAAACUGUUAAGAGUCUUUCUAUUGAUAAAAAUACUGAAAAGUAGCAAAGCUCGUAAUCAUAAAAUUAAAUUUCUGGUAAUUGUACUCCGUCAAGCAGAAAUAAAGCAAUGAGUAAUAAAACAAAUAAAUUUAACGAAGAAUAAAUAGCUGAGAAAAAUGGAGAAAACAAUCCGCAAAGCUUAGGCAAUAUAUUUUAAAAAGGAAGGGACUCAACAACGCUAUUUGAAGUUGAAACCAAGAUAGACAGGACAGAACAACAUCCUCCUUCUGGAAGAGAAGAUAACUUAUCAGAUCGCCAUAGUCAAUAAGAUCAAGCUGCAAUUAAAAAUAACGAUUAGGCUCAUUAGAAAAUCAAAGAAGAAGAGGAAGAUAUUUAAAAAAAUAUUCUUCAAGAAAACCAACUUAACAAGAACAUUGCUAACGCAUUUGCUUAAGAGAGCGACGACGAUGAUGAUAAUGAUUCUGAUGAAGCAGAGGAUAAUGUAGGGUAAUAUGUGAACAAUUAAAAGAAUUUCAGUUAAAAGAAAGAAGACAUUACAAUUUAACAAUAAGAAAAUUUUGAGUAAGUUUAAGAAGUAUAAUAUGACAGUUUAAAAGAUGAAAGAAUUGCUAUUCACAUAAAAAAUAAAAGUCAUAGUUUAACAGAUUAGAAUAAUAGGCAACUUUUUUGUUCUUACAGAUCUUAAAAAAGCUAGCAAGUAAUUUAAAACUAAAAUCCAUUGGAUAAUAAAUUGAGAAACAGUUAACCGAAUUUGAAUGAUUAACAAAUCUUUGCUGAGAAAAGUUUUGGUAAUAUUAAUAAAAAGAGAUAUAUCGAAGAUGAAAAAAUUAGGUUGCAUAACGUCACUUCCAUCAUCAGAAAGAAAUAAAAUUCAUAAUUUUCUGCUUAUAUUUUAGAUCAUAGUAGCUACUCCAACCACGAUAACAUUUCAGAGAGCCUUAAUUCAAGUUUGCUAAAGCCAAGUAACUAAUAAGAUAAAAACAACAACUCCAAACAUUCAUUUAACAAAGAUACGUCCUCUAAUUCAUCGAAAUAAGCAGGUGUUAGGCAAGAUAAAAGCAGCCCAAAAGUAUCACCUAGAAUAACUAAUAUUGAUUAGAUAGAUCGCUCAAACUCUAUCAAGUAUGAUCAAAAUCAUAAACAAAAUUAAUUUUAACAAUAAUAAAAAUAUAAUUCUUAUUAAGUUGAUUCUGUCAAGGAAGAAGUCUAAGAAUCAUAAAUUAUGAGCAGUUCACUCAAAGAAAGUCUCAUCCCUGCAGCAAAAAAUCUUCACAAUGAUUAAUAAUUAAAAUAAGAAUCUCAUAUUACAGUGAGCAGAGAACCCACAUAGUAAAAUAACAAAACUAAUCCAGUUUAUUUAUUGUAAUAAAUCUUCACUAACGAAAAAACUGAUGAUUUAGACUACCACCAAAAUGUCCUUGAAAACAGUGGCAACCAAUUUUAAGAAGUGCAUUAUGACUAUGAAGAAAACUCUGGCAGUCUCUCUGGCUCAGACUCUUCCCCUCAUCACUCUAAAAGUAUAAAGCCAGUCAGAUCCGAUGAAAUAAGCAUCCCUGAUUCUGAUAUCACAAAAAAAAAGAAAGAAGGAUCGAUCAAAAGCAAAGAAACAUUAAAAAGCAUCAAUUCAAACUAUUGA